AUGGAGAGCAUAGUAGUGAUAGUAGGAGCUGGUUCAUCAGGCCUAGCAACCUCAGCCUGCCUAAACCACCUUUCCAUCCCUAACAUAAUCCUAGAAAGAGAAGAUUGUUGUGCUUCUCUUUGGAAGAAAAGGGCCUAUGACCGUUUGAAUCUUCACUUAGCAAAGCAAUUCUGCCACCUUCCUCAUAUGCCUCACCCUCCUUCCUCACCAACCUACAUCCCUAAGAAGGAUUUCAUCCAAUACAUUGACCAAUAUGUGUCUCAUUUUAAGUUGGCCCCCUUGUACCAUCGAUCUGUUGAGUCCGUAUUGUACGAUCAGGAUGUUGGUCGAUGGGUUGUUGUGGCCCAUAACUUGGUUAGGAAUGAGGUUGAAGAGUAUAGGGGUCGGUUCCUGAUUGUUGCUACAGGGGAAAAUAGUCAAGGGUUUAUACCUGACAUACCAGGGUUAGAGACCUUCUCUGGGAACGUUGUGCACUCUAACCAAUAUAAGUCAGGGAGUGAUUACCUUGGUAAGGCUGUUUUAGUUGUUGGGUCUGGAAAUUCAGGCAUGGAGAUUGCAUUUGAUCUCUCUAAUUUUGGAGCAGAGACCUCUAUAGUUGUGAGGAGCCCGGUUCAUGUGCUCACACGAGAUAUGGUGCACCUUGGAAUGGUUCUCUUGAAAUACUUACCAUGUUCUUUAGUGGACACUUUAACACUCUUACUUAGCAAACUCAAGUUCGGAGAUUUGUCCCAGUAUGGUAUAAGUAGGCCGGCAAAAGGGCCCUUCUUUCUUAAAGCAAUCGCUGGCCGUUCUCCUGUUAUAGAUGUUGGGACCAUCGGGAAGAUCAUGUCAGGAGAAAUCCAGGUCCUUCCACCAUUAGCAAGCAUCAGAGAUUGCAUCGCAGAUUUUGCAGAUGGCACGUCGCACUCAUUUGAUGCCAUAGUUUUUGCCACUGGCUACAGAAGCACAGCUAAGUGCUGGCUCAAGGGUGAUGAUUACCUCCUGGACAAAGAGGGAAUGCCACUUCCAAGUUUUCCCAACCAUUGGAAGGGGGAAAAUGGGCUUUACUGUGCUGGACUGUCAAGGAGAGGAUUGGCUGGUGUUUCUAUGGAUGCAGAGAACAUAGCCAAUGACAUCAAGAGGGUCUUGGACGAGGAUGUCAAUUAACGGUAACUAAUGUACAAUAAACAUAUGUACCAAUCUUAUACAGCAACACAGUAUAAAUGAGGUUGAUUAUUUAUUUA